UGCGCAUCGUGCCCUGGACCAGGCGACCGUGGCGCGGGUGGCGGCUGCUGUGGUGGCUGUGGGGACGGAGGCGGUGAAGUGCCAUCUUCGGCUAGGUCGUCACAGUCUUCGGCUCAUGGCAUCGAGUAGCAUCCAUUAUAAGAUCAUUUACUGAAGACAAUAUGCAAAAUUCUCACAUGGAUGAAUACAGAAAUUCUAGUAAUGGCAGCACAGGCAAUAGUUCAGAGGUAGUGGUAGAACAUCCUACUGAUUUCAGUACUGAGAUUAUGAAUGUUACAGAAAUGGAACAGUCACCUGAUGACUCUCCCAAUGUGAAUGCAUCUACAGAAGAAAGUGAAAUGGCAAGUGCUGUGGACCUUCCAGUGACGCUGACAGAAACAGAAGCAAAUUUCCCUCCAGAAUAUGAAAAAUUUUGGAAAACUGUGGAAAAUAAUCCUCAGGAUUUUACAGGCUGGGUAUAUUUGCUUCAAUAUGUAGAACAGGAGAAUCACUUGAUGGCUGCCAGGAAAGCAUUUGACAGAUUUUUCAUACACUAUCCGUAUUGCUAUGGUUACUGGAAAAAGUAUGCGGACCUUGAAAAGCGGCACGACAACAUUAAACCAUCAGAUGAGGUGCGUACAUCACUCAAUAAACUUAUCUCCAAUAGGUACUGUAAGCCAAUUAAUAACAAAACAAAGAUUUUUUUUUUUUUUUUGGCUGGCAGUACCUACCAUUUAUGGUCAAACAAUUUUUAUAGGGUAUUUAUUUGCAUUUGUCACUCUUGUGGCAUUUGUAGCUAAUAUUUUCUCUCUUUGUUGGCAGGUGCGUUAAACCUCUACAGUUUGUCAAGCUUUGCAGUGCAAGCCUCUGUAUUACACUGCAGCUUAACAAGUAGGGCAGGGCUUUUCUCUCACUUACAUUUAUUUCUCAUUUUCCAAACAAUAUAGUUGGUUUGCUAGUCACAUUUGCUACGUCUUAUUGCAUUUUUGGUCAGACGCUGUCAUUGAUGCUCUAAUGGGUCUGUGCCCUAUGGUCUGUAACCCAAAGCCUGCCCACACAACCCGGUCAGAAUGCAGGGACUGCUGCGCUUUGAAGAUCAAGACUCUGCACGUGGGGAUCAGAACAUUGCCAUGUUCUAUCCAACCUCCACCCAAAUGGUUUAUCGGCGGGGGCUUCAGGCAAUACCUCUUAGUGUUGACCUUUGGAUACAUUAUAUAAACUUCUUAAAAGAAACAUUGGACCCUGGUGAUCCUGAGACAAACAAUACAAUAAGAGGAACUUUUGAGCAUGCUGUUCUAGCUGCAGGAACAGAUUUCCGUUCUGACAGACUGUGGGAAAUGUAUAUAAACUGGGAAAAUGAGCAGGGAAACCUGAGAGAAGUUACAGCUAUAUAUGAUCGUAUUCUUGGUAUUCCAACGCAGCUGUAUAGUCAUCAUUUUCAAAGAUUUAAAGAACAUGUACAGAAUAACUUGCCUAGAGAUCUUUUAACUGGUGAACAGUUUAUUCAGUUGCGAAGGGAGUUAGCUUCUGUAAAUGGACAUAGUGGUGAUGAUGGUCCCCCUGGUGAUGAUCUACCAUCGGGAAUUGAAGACAUAACUGAUCCUGCAAAGUUAAUUACAGAAAUAGAAAACAUGAGACAUAGAAUCAUUGAGAUUCAUCAAGAAAUGUUUAAUUAUAAUGAGCAUGAAGUUAGUAAAAGGUGGACAUUUGAAGAAGGUAUUAAAAGACCUUACUUUCAUGUGAAACCUUUGGAAAAGGCACAACUAAAAAACUGGAAGGAAUACUUAGAAUUUGAAAUUGAAAAUGGGACUCAUGAACGAGUUGUGGUUCUCUUUGAAAGAUGUGUCAUAUCAUGUGCCCUCUAUGAGGAGUUUUGGAUUAAGUAUGCCAAGUACAUGGAAAACCAUAGCAUUGAAGGAGUGAGGCAUGUCUUCAGCAGAGCUUGUACUAUACAUCUCCCAAAGAAACCCAUGGUGCAUAUGCUUUGGGCAGCUUUUGAGGAGCAGCAGGGUAAUAUUAAUGAAGCCAGGAAUAUCUUGAGAACAUUUGAAGAAUGUGUUCUAGGGUUGGCAAUGGUUCGUUUACGAAGAGUAAGUUUAGAACGACGGCAUGGAAAUCUGGAAGAAGCUGAACAUUUGCUUCAGGAUGCCAUUAAGAAUGCCAAAUCAAAUAAUGAAUCUUCAUUUUAUGCUGUCAAACUAGCCCGGCAUCUUUUCAAAAUACAGAAAAACCUUCCAAAAUCAAGAAAGGUGCUUUUGGAAGCAAUCGAAAGAGACAAAGAGAAUACAAAGUUAUACCUCAAUUUACUUGAAAUGGAAUAUAGUGGUGACCUCAAACAAAAUGAAGAAAAUAUCCUAAAUUGUUUUGACAAAGCUGUACAUGGUUCAUUACCUAUUAAAAUGAGAAUUACAUUUUCUCAGAGAAAAGUGGAAUUUCUUGAAGAUUUUGGUUCCGAUGUUAAUAAGCUUCUGAAUGCUUAUGAUGAACAUCAGACACUCCUAAAAGAACAGGAUUCUUUAAAAAGGAAAGCAGAAAAUGGAUCAGAAGAACCAGAGGAAAAGAAAGCACACACAGAAGAUACAACUUCAUCAUCUACACAGAUGAUUGAUGGUGAUUUACAGGCAAACCAAGCUGUAUAUAAUUAUAGUGCAUGGUAUCAAUACAAUUAUCAGAAUCCUUGGAAUUACGGACAAUAUUAUCCUCCCCCUCCAACCUGAUGGGAAAAAUGUAAAUUUCAAAUGGAGUGUGUGAAAAGUAUGAAAUUAUUAUUUUUUUUAAUGAGGGAUGUAAACAGUAUAAGCUUGUUGUAUUUGAAAACCUGUCUUCCUUGUUUCUGUGUAACAUGAUUUGUUUAGUAAUAGGGGAAAAAUGUCAAUUAGUAGCUUACCACAGAUACUGAUACUGUUUCCUACCAUUUAUAAAAUUUACUUUUUAUUGAAGAACUAUUUUUUGAUUUUUGCAUUAAGCGGUCUAGAAUUCUUUUGCAAUGCAUUUGCAACAGAAUUUUGUAGCCUUAAGGGGUAGGAAGAAAAACCUGACUGCAAAUCAUGUCAGUGUAGUACAAAAUUCUGACAACACAUAAGGGCUGGUUAUUAAGGAUUUACCUUUUUUUUUUAAAAAAAAAAAAAAAGGACUUUGCUAUCAAGGUUUUGUCUGUUUCAGUUAUACUUGUGAAUUGUGAUCUAACGGCAGAAAGGAUACAUUAUUAAAAUACUAUGCCUUGGAAUAGAGAUUAUAAAUGAGAAAAUGGAAUGUUUGCAUCCCUUUAAAAAUGAAAAUCAUAUCAAAAGUAUGUUGUUUCAGGAGACUUUGUAUUUAGAAUAUUCAUGUAAAACUUGUGAACAAGCUUUCAUUUUGAUCAAACUGAUCAUCUUCAUUUUUGUAAUAAAAUGGAAGACUCAUCCAGUAA